AUGUCAUAUACCCAUAUAGGUAUGCCCUCCCAAUCAGCAAACCAGCAAUUAAGAUUCAACUCAAGAACUACAAUAUUCUUUACUUGUUCUUUUUCUUCAUUUACUUACUCAUUUCCCUUCUUUUCUCCUCCCACUCAUCAUUUUACUUUGCUGAUUCAGGUUCACGAGGCAACUUACCCCUUGUUCUUCUCACUGCCCGAGAGUGUGCCUGAUGCACGUAUGAUUGAGGAACCCAUCUGGUCCACUUGGGCGGAGUACAAGACUGAAGUCAACGACACCAGGGUACUGGCCCUCGCUAAGGAGAUUACAAACCGUGGAUUCAACAACAGCCAGGUUGAGAUAGACGAUGACUGGGAAACAUGCCAUGGCAACGCAGUGUUCAACCCUGACCACUUCCCUGACCCCAAGGCUGUGGUCGACCAGCUCCAUAGCGAGGGGUUCCGAGUAACCUUGUGGAUUCACCCCUUUAUUAAUGACGACUGUGAGGCCUUCGCUUACCCCGACCAGCAGGGUUACUUCGUCAAGGACUCUGAGGGCCAGACCCAGAAGACACACUGGUGGCAGGGGUCCAGUGCUGGUAUCAUUGACUUCAGCAACGAGGAGGCGGUAGCAUGGUGGUCCCAGCGGCUGCUCGACCUGAAGGAAGAAACCGGAAUCGACAGCUUCAAGUUUGAUGCCGGGGAAGCUUCCUGGCUGCCCGAUGUGUACACUCUCAACGUUGAUGAGAGGUUCUGGCCCAACGCUUACACCCAGGAGUACGUGGAUACAGUAUCACAGUUUGGAAACAUGAUAGAGACGCGAGUAGCGAGAGGCACACAGCGACACAACAUCUUCGUCAGGAUGCUGGACAAAGACUCCAUCUGGGGGUCCUACAAUGGAUUGAAGUCCCUGGUUCCUACACUCCUUCACUUCGGAAUACUUGGCUACCCCUUCGUACUUCCUGAUAUGGUCGGUGGUAAUGGCUACGGAGACUUACCUGGACGCGAGUUGUUUAUGAGGUGGGCACAAGCCAAUGCCUUCAUGCCUGCCAUCCAGUUCUCCUUCCUUCCUUGGAACUACGACGACCAGGUGACGGAGCUGAGCUUGGAGGUGACAAGGUUACACUCACAGAUGGGUCCACUGCUGCAGCGCUUGGCGCAGGAGGCCACCACCAGCGUGGCACCCAUCGCCAGACCUACCUGGUGGCUAUGUCCUGACCUCGAGUCCUGCCUCACUGCUGACCAACAGUUCCUGUUGGGUGACGACCUGUUGGUGGUGCCUGUAGUGGAGGAAGGUGCCACGACUCUGGAGGUGGUAGUGCCACCUGGAUCAUGGCAGCAGGCUGGCACUGACCAAGUCAUCGAGGGACCUAUUACACUCACACUCAAUGACAUCACACUAGAGAGUAUUGUCUAUUUCACUCGCCAGUCUAGUAAAGAGUGAAACACUAAGAAAUGUUGUACAAGUCCUGGAA